UUCAGGACCGACCCCACGUCGUUUCUCAACCGUUCGCUAACAGAAUGGCCGACACCGAGUUCGAGGAAUUUCGGCAGUACUUCGAGAGACUUCCGCAGCAUCUGAAAGCACCCCUUUCGAAUUACACAUUAGUUCACGAUGUGAUGAUAGACGAUUCCCCGACCUCGUCGCAAGGUAGCGACGCAGAGGUCGGUAGAUCUUGCGACGGGGUCGCUGGCGAUUCCGAGGACGAGGAAGUGGUGGUCAUACAUCGACACGACAAUCAGAGUGGACACACUUCCGGGGACGAUAGCGAAGAUCUCGAUCACAAUUGUUCCAUUGUAGCGGACAGCGACUUUAGGUUGGUAACCUCCUUGUUCGGUGGACUGAGCAGCAGGGGUCGAUCGGCAGGCGUCGGUGGACCGGGUCCUGGCGGAGGUAGCACUACCGUUUCCGGUAACGGUGGUAGAGACAGUGUGUUCAGUGACGUUGGUGAUUCCUGUUCGAGCCUCAGUUCCUGGCCGACACCGGAACAUGUGCCCUCGAAUCGUCCAGGAAGCGGUGGCACCGAGCGUAGACGUCGAAGACUACCGGAAAUACCUAAAACAAAAAAAUCCGUUGGUCAGAUGUUCAUGCAGUCGUCGUCGUCUUUGGCCGACGAACUUAACGCGGCUGCUGGCUCGACGGGUACCACACGACCGCAUUUAAGUUUAAGAAAAUGUCACUCGAGGCUUCGCCACGAGGACAGUUCACCCGACAGCGAGCGAAUGGCGACUGACAGUGGCCAUUCUACUGCCCACUCGCCGGAAAACGGGCCGAAAAGCGUGUCACCGAUACCCUGCAACACCUUGCAGAACACGGACUCUGCGUCGCCCAGUAGUACACCAGGGAGCGGCGGUGUGCCGUUUACUCAAUUGGAGCUGCUGGAGGCGACGCAUCGAGGACUCCACAAAUUCGUGCCAAGACAUCACGAUGAGAUCGAUCUUGAAAUCGGUGAUCCUAUUUACGUUCAGAAGGAGGCUGAUGAUUUAUGGUGCGAAGGUGUAAACCUGAGAACAGGUCGUCAAGGUAUAUUCCCCUCGGCAUACGCGGUGGACAUGGAUUACAGUGACUUUGAUCCGUCAGCGCCGAAAGUGAAGAGGGAACGAUAUCUUCUUGGUUACUUAGGAUCCGUGGAAACGUUGGCGCACAAGGGUACAGGGGUGGUUUGUCAAGCUGUUCGAAGAAUCGUUGGAAAUUCGCAGGAAUCACCUGUAUCGCAGAGUUGUAUCUUGGAAGUAUCCGAUCAGGGUCUUCGAAUGGUUGACAGGAGUAAACCACGGAAGAAUCAGGGUCCUUGCCACGAUUAUUUCUACUCGUUGAAGAACGUUUCCUUUUGUGCAUUUCAUCCUCGCGAUCAUCGCUACCUCGGCUUCAUCACGAAGCAUCCUACCUUGCAAAGGUUCGCUUGCCACGUGUUCAUUGGUCAAGAAUCUACCAGGCCGGUUGCCGAAGCUGUCGGGCGUGCUUUCCAUCGGUUCUACACGAAGUUCAUCGAGACUGCUUUCCCGGUAGAAGAUAUCUAUAUCGAAUAGAUUAUUACUGCUGGCCUGUCGUAUAGCAGCAAUGAAGGAAAAGAAUCUCACAUUCCUUUGUCCCUUGUACAUACUGUCCCUUAGCCUGUAGAUAUUAAAAUGAUUAACGCGAAUCAAACACCCAAUUAAUAUAUGUAUACAUAUAUGUAUAUAUCUGUAAGUAUAUUUACAUAUAUGUGUAUCUACAGGGUGUUAAAAAACAAAAGAGUUGCAACGAAACUUCAUUAACAUACGAUAUUUAUCCAAAAUAAACGAAGAUACCAAAAUUACUAAUUUUGAUUUAAUAAAUUAUUUACAAGCGUUGUAAUAAUUUCUUUGCUGUUACUGUAUAAUAUUUUUUAGAUUAAGGAAUUAAUUUGAGGAGGGCCUAAAAUCAAGUAAAAAUGAUUUCUAUGAUUUUUAAUAACAAAGUUUUGUUAAUUUAUCGAUGAAAAUUUAUAGAACUCUAAACAAUUUUUCUACCCAUGUUAUAAAUAUCAUAUGAUUCUGAAGUUCGGUUGCAAUAUUUUGCAACACCCUGUACAUUUACCGAAGAAUUUCAGGAAGCGUCAGGACGGGACCGAUUCAACGCCGUCUCUUAAUUUUAAUAAUUUCAUUAAUUUAUUUCUCCAUCAACGUUACUUAUCCUUUCACGCAAUCCUCGACACAUCGAUAUUUCGUCGUUUCCAUAACACUUUCAUUGUUCACGUUACUCGAUUUCGUUCAUUUUUCAUUUUAAUUACGAUAGGACGCGGCGACUUGAACUCCGGAUGGAAGAAAAAAGUCUUUAAUAUUUGAAUAACGUACACUAAUUACUACCGAUAAGAAACUAAUCGUUAACUUUUCGAUCCUUCGACCAAGAUAUCCAUAUAGCGACACGUAUAGAACGACAAAAACGACAAUAGCGUGGAUCGUUUUGACGUUAAAACGCGAACAAAUUGUAUCGUUUUAUCGAUGUCUUAAGAUGAUCCGUUUCGUUUAAAAACCGGUCUGAAAACACAUUUCCGUUCGAUCCCCUAAUUACGUUUACACGUGGCAACGAAAAUGAUCGUUUCACCGAAACGAUCGUCGGAUAAUUCAAGAAACUAUCUUAGAGACACGUAUAUUUUUCUAUAUUUCUUUCCGAAAGAAGUGUUAAUUAUUUAAUUGCGUUGUAACGAUAAGCCUUAAAAAAAGAAAACGUUUCAACUGAUCCUACGAUUAGGCGACAUUGCUGAUCCGAUUCGCAAAACGACUAUUCGAUCGAAGCGCACAUUGGCCUCUGUACCUCAAUUAUUAUCAAUUGUACUGCGUUGCUACGUUUCGCGAACAUUCAUGCAGUACGAAUCAAAUCGCACGCACCGUACAAUGAAACGUCAAAUCAGCUACGAAAAGGUCGUGAUUAUUAAUUUGUACCGCUUAUUACGAACGUUCAGUCUCAUAACAAUUUUAAAUAUAGUUUGAUAAAUCGUUAUCAUGCAAGGUGGUAAAAAAAGAAGGUUCAGAAUUUUAAAAGCAGACGAGUGAGAAAAUUAAUAUUUUUAAUUAUUAAAGAAGUUCUGACAGAUUUUCGUGACUUAAAAGUUUCACAAAAUGCCACUUGUGAGCUUGAACUCUCCUAAAAAUAAUUAUAUAAAGGUUUUCUUAAUAUACUUAAUAGAAAAUGGCUGGUCCUUUAAUUGAAAAUUGGGUAAUCGUUGAUAGAAAAGCUGUAGAUUGAUCGACUUUAACGAAGAACUACUUAUUUCGUAUUCAGAAUGUUAAUGAAAUUUUUAUAUGGUAAUUUUUAUCAGACUUUAAGCUUUAAAUUGAUGUGUCAUAAGUACCAUUUUCAGAUACUUUUAUGUCAUGAAAUUCUGUCAGAGUUUCGUUAUCUCAAAAUGAACUACUUAAUAUGCAAUAACCUAUUGCAAUAUAAUACUAUAUAUUAUUAGCAUAAUGUUAAUACUAUUUCAAAUUAGUUAAUUAAUUAUUUCUGAAUCAAUUACAAUUUUUACCACCCUGUAAAGAACUAAUUAAAUAACCGCUAAUUACAUUACAUAAACACGCGUACAAAAUUACUUUCAUUAUUAAUAGUCAUCAUCAGUGUUUACAAAGAUCACGUGCUUGGGAUUUGAUCCACGCUGUGUACAUUAAUUAAACCGUUCGGUUCUACAGUAUGUUGAAUAAAAAUUGAGAGACAAACUGGAGUGCUUAAUCAUUGCUAAGAAGUACACAAUCAGUAUCAUCAUCAUCGUCUAUCAAUUACACGUGCCUUUGAUUGAGAUCGCCUCGAGUAUCGUGCCUUUCCAAUUAUUUUCUCAUACAGGUACAAAUUAAUAUCAUCCGUGUGUACAUCAUUAUUACGAUUUCAAACGAUAAAUAAUCUUCUUUCUUUCCUUUCUCCUUCUUCGUCCAAGAAUUAGAAUAAAAAGGCGCGUGAUGCAAGAGAAGAGAAGAAAAAAAAAAGAAGAACACUUUUGACUAAAAUUUAUCUCUGUUACCCUUUUUCAAUCGAACGUCAUCGAUUUCAAUGCGACAGUAAAAGAGAAUAAAUUAUUUCCUCGAUUACGAUGAUAUUUUGUCGUCGAGACAAUUGGGGUUUCGAUUCGACUUAUAAAUUAAGGCAUAGUUGCAAUUUUUCGUAGCUACACAGAAUAAUAAAUCCUUGUUACUCGUCGUAAUAUUUUUCCUUUUUUUUUUUUCAUAGUAGAUAAACAAUUAAAAAGAAAAAAAAGAAGAAGGCCUUGUUUAUCGAAUGUAUAAUAUACUCGAAGAAAUAUUCACGCUUCUUUACUUCGCAAACAUAUCUCGAAGCGUCGUGCUAUCGUUUCCUGCAUUAAAGAAAAAUCCUAUCGACACUUUUGUUUCCUUUAACUGUAAAUGCUCAAGAAGUUUACAGAACAAUUCAGGUGCAGAAGUAAUACAUUUUUCAGACACGCAGCUCGGAAGAUAUGUCGGUUGUGUGAUAGUAUUUAAUGUGAUAAGGGUAUGUAAUACUGUCUCCGCAGGCCGCUGGGCUAUUGCAAUUAAAUUAAGUAUUCUCUGUUGUGUAAUAAAUAACACGUAAUUUUAAAUAUUUUUAUUAAUCUUAGCAUACUAGUUUUUUUAUUGAAACAAUGAAAUCAUCGUCGUACGCAUCGAUCAAUUUCGACAAAAGGAUACGAAAAAGGGGGUGAAAAUACAUUUCAAAAUGAGGGUUUCUUAAUCAUUUGUAAUUUUUCAUAUAAUUUCUACAUACAUUUUCUUUCAGGCAGUAUUAUUUACAAAAAUGUUCCACCUCCUACGAAGUCUUGGUAAUUCAGUCUUGACACAAGUUAUACGUGUUACAUGAUCCCAAUCAUUACAAUAUUUCUGUAUCAAUUGCAUUUAAAGAGUUUCAUCAUUUUCGUUAUUUGUUCAUACUCGAAAAACAGAAUUUAUUAAACAGAGAAGAAGAGAGAUCACUGCAAGAAUGCAAUUCCUUAGAUCGGAUUAUGGUAAUUGAAAAAUAUUUUAGAAACAAAGAAAGAGAAAAACAAAUGAAUUUUCUAUUUUUCUUUUAUUAGAGAGUCGAAAAUGAGUCCCUGGAAAAUUGAAUAUUUGUCAAAUUCAUGUCCCACAUUCCAUGAUCUUCUAUACUGCUCGAGGAGCAACCUGACUGUAAACAUUUUUAUAAAUUUCUGCUUGAAUUAUUAUUAUUAUUCUUUCAUUGUGCACAGAGUAUAAUAUCAAUUCAUAUAUUUUUUUUCGUUUUUUUUUUUUUUUCUCUUUUGGAAGAACAGAGGAACGGAAUUGGGUUAUAUUUUCUAUCAUUCUUUGGCAAUCUACGAAGAGCUAUACACCUCUUAAAUUGUAUUAUGACAAUCACUGUUCGUUUACACACAUUGGUGUUAGUAUAAUUAUUUAUUAUUAUUAUUAGUACAUUCUAAUUGAGCAGCACAUAUACACACAGGAGUAAUGUUUAUAAUACAUAUAAAAAUAUUCAAGAAAAUUUUCAUUGAGAAACUAUAUAUGUAUGUUAAUAACGAUUGCAAUAAAUUAUUUUUAAUUUAUCGGUUAUCAUUUGUUUUUUUCUUCUUUAUUAUGCAUCGUAACUCAGUGUGUCAAAUAUAGCAAUGAGGUAAAAAUUCAGAGGUGCAUUUCUCUUCAGAGAAGCUCAUCAAAUAUUGCGAAUCAUAUUCGCGGUCUUACCAGCUACAAUUUUUGCAACCUGCUCAAUGCUCCCGACGAAAGCACUCGAGUUACACAAUUUUUAAAUUAUACCUGUACAAAGAUUAAUCACUCGACGAAUUCGUUCUGUACAUGUGAUACGAAUGAAAAUAUAUGUGUCGUUUUCGUAUUAUUUCAUUUGAAAAAAAAAA